AUGGAAUCAAAAGAUAUCCCUACCGCUGUGACCUUCGUGAAAGACUCUCACCAUUCAGCGUUACAUGGCGAGAAAUACUGGAGCCGCCAUACGCGCAGAUUUGAGCCUCGUUCAAUCGGCCCUCAAAGUGAUGCAUUACGGGAGGCUAUAGAAAAGUACAAGGAGAACGCCGACGGCAAAUAUAAGUUCAACCUCACAGAUGCCGGAUGGAUCGAUGUUGAACGUGAACUUAGAGAAGCAGAACACAACUACGAUCGCAAGGCCGAAGGCUAUAGUCGAAAAGGGCGACAUUUUGCACGAAACUUAGGAGAAUAUUCCGCUGCAUUCUCGAUGUGGGCGACUCUAAUACCGACUGAUCACGGACUGAGCUUGUUAACUGCUGGGUUAACGAUCAUAUUCAAAAUUGCGCAGAACAACGCUGAGAAUCGACAAAAGAUCCUGGCUGCGUUUGAAGAUAUUCUAGAGAUCAUAUGGAGUACACAGGCUCAACAGCAAUUGUUCGAAUCCAGCCAAUUGCUAAAGGACAAGGCAAUAAACUUAGUCGAAGAGGAUGCGUCGGAUCGCUCAUCAGGCCAGGAAUCUUUUGGACCCGACCAAAUUCUGGGCAAUGUUGGAAAUGGUGUUAGGUUCUUCUAG